UACCCCUACAGUCUCAAGCUGACAUACCAUUCAACCCAACCCAACAACUCACCUCAAUCACCCUCUCACGCCUUCCACCACAGCACCUAAAAGAUGACAAUCGACCACACCACCCUCUUCGUCCCCGAAGACAAAUUCCAAGCCUGCCUGACCUUCUACCUCGAAGCCCUCGAACCCCUGGGCUACAUCAUUCGGCACCAAUUCGGCGAGUUCGUCGUGGGUCUCGGAUCACCAAAGGAGGAUCUGAGCGACUACAAGCGCUCCGACUUUUGGGUCUGCGGAACCAAGGCGCAGCCUGAGGGUGCUGCGCAUGUUGCGUUCAGUUGCAAAGAUCAUGCUACUGUGGACGGCUUUCAUGCAGCGGGGUUGAAAGCUGGGGGAAAGGACAAUGGAGCCCCAGGGUUGCGACCGUUCUAUCACUCGAGAUAUUAUGCGGCGUUUGUGCUGGAUCCGGCGGGGAAUAAUAUUGAGGUCGUGGAUCAUGGGUACUAAUUGAUUGGCUGGCUAGCUAGUUGGCGUUGUUGGGGACAUGGGGUGUGAGGGCUUGGAAGCCGAGGUAUGAUGAUAAGUCCAUUUACUGCACGGUUUUGUGUAUUAUCGCAUGCACGCCAGAGGAACUC